AUGCUUCAAAUUUCCUCGACUCAAGUCAAAAUCUACGAGUGCCGGAUGGGCUGGUGCCCAGAGUCGUUCCCCAACGAACUCGCACUAGUUGAACAUGUCAAAGAUCACAUCAGAAAGGCGCCUUGGAUUCGCCGAGGCGAUCUGCCUGUCAUCGUCCGAGCAGAGGAAGGUUUGGGCGAAUCAAUGUCCCUAAGCGCCGGAAUGAUAGGUCUUUCUUCACCAUUUCCCAGCCAAGUUGGCAAGGUCGUUAGGGUAGAAACCUCUGGUUCACAGUCGCAGCCUAGUCAGGUUGCCCAACCCACGUCGUCACUCCCUUCACCACCCCAAUCAAAUCACGCGCCUUCUCCCCACUUGCAAACAUUCAAUGCGUUUGAUAGCGGCGACCUUGCAUCGCAGCCAGAGUUCACGGUGGAUCCGAAUGACUCUCCCAUUGUUGGGGGGUUUGAUGACUCCCCCGCUUUCAGCUUCAGAUCCACCUCUCAAGACGGCUCGCCACAAAAAGCCCUUGUAAUUCCAACUUCUCCAGGUCUCGACACACUGGUUCUCCAAGGAUCAUCAGCCAGUAAAAAGCGGAAGGCGCGAGACUUUGUCUCUUCCAUGUCGGAUUCCCGACGAGCCUUACCUCCGUCGGUUUCGAUGGCGUCGCACGUCUCGAAUUCCUCUGUGGCUUCUGUAGAAAGGCAGUUGACACAAUCUAUGGACUUCGAUGAUGAUGAAGGUGUGCUUGAGAGGUACAUUCAUACCGACCAGUUUGCCGACUCCUAUGCUGGCCUCUCAUCCCAAGCAGAGUCUCAAGUAUACGCCGGAGAGAUCUUCCAGUCCCAGGUCAAGUCAUCCGCGCAGCCGUUCACUUCGCAACCGAUGCCUUCUGAAGCUUCGCAACAACGACAGCCUGAAUCCCAGUCCUCUUCGGAAGGGAACAUAUCAGCUUCGUCGAAUUUAGAGCCACCGCCUCCUGGUCAACCUCAGCCAUCUACAUCCACUGUCAGCUCUCAGAAAUCGGCCCCGUUUAGCAAAACGUCCCAUCCCUUCUCGCAACACGACUCUCUCGCUUCUCAAGCACACCCUUCGACCUCUUUCCCUAUCCGUGUGACAACCUCUCCAGUAACCCCCGUCACGACUGUCUCACCAGCAACCCUCCAAAGCUCUUCCAAAUCCCGGACUGGGAAUCCCAGCCGCCGUGUUUUCCAGUCUGGCACCCUUCCCCAUUUUGGGUCGCAAGAUACCAAUCAAGCAGGCCCUUCCGCGAAGCCGGCUACGACAAGAGCCUUAUCUGCGAUUGAACGGGCGCCUGAUGGAGGUCUCAUCCAUCGGCACUUUGACCGUCACCAGCACCACCAGCCAGGUACUUCUCGCGACGAGGAUAAUGAACCAGGCGUAGAAGAUGAAGGCGACUCGGAGGAUUUUGAGUCCCAGGAUAGGCGCUACGCCAUUCAGACUCAAGCACCGUACGAUAGCCAGGCAAUGGACUUUUAA